ACAGUGCCGCUUAUGUGCUGCUGCAGCUCUUCGCCGAGCCCAAAACAGCAGCCGCACCAGCUGCAGCAGCGACAGAAGCUGCAGCAGCACCUGCUGCAGCAGCAGCGGAAGCAGCGAGGAAGCCCAAGGAUGCUGCUUCCGACGCCAUUGUUGCUGCUGCAUGCAGCAGCAGCAGCAACAGCACCGAGGGCACAGUGCAAGACACAGAAGGCAGCACUCCCCUAGCAGGAGCAGCAGAAGCCAGUGCAGCAGCUGCUGCCUCUCCUUUAGCAGAAACUGUGGAUGCAGCAGCAGCAGCAGGAGCAGCAGCUUCUGCUGCUGCUGCUGCUGCUGCUCCGCCAGCAGAAGCUCAAAGUGCUGCUGAUACACCACAAACCCCGAAGGUUGUGGGCAGCCAGUCUGCAGCAGCUGCAGCAACAGAAGCAGCAGCAGAACAAGCAGCAACUGCAGCGGAUGCUGCUGCGACAGCAGCAGCAGAAGCCACUGAAGCGCAACCUCUUGCAGCAGAAGCAGCAGCAGCAGCAGAGCCAGUUUUUUCUGUUUUGGACUUCCUCAAACUGCUUGCCACAUUCGCUAGCGACACAGCUGAACUCGACGAAGAGCACCGCAGCAGAGUUCUCGUGCGGCUGCUGCAGCAGCACCCGCAGCUGCUGCUGGCAGCAGCAAGAUCUGGUUUAGAGCCUCUCUUUUUGGUUGCCCAUGCAGCCCUAGAGCAGCGUUUUGCUGCUCUUUACAAAUUGGCAGACCUUCCAACGGCACUGCAGCAAAGCGCAGACUGCUGGUCUUUGGACAGACAGGGUCAGCAGCAGCAGCAGGGGCAGCACCAGCAGCAGCAGCAGCAUGUCUCCAGCGAAAUGCAGCGCGACGACGCGUCUGCAGCAGCAGCAGCAGCUGCUGCUAUUGCUCCUGCUGCAGUGGCACCCGAAUUUAAGCAGCAGCUGCUGCAGAUCCAGAAGCAAAUUGACAACAGAGUGCAUGCAGACAUCAAGGAGCACGUGCUGCAGCACGUGUUGGAGCAAGCCUCAGACCAGCAGCAGCAGCAGCAGCAGCAGCAGCGAGAAGCACAGGAGACACCGAAGCACCAGCUGAUAGAGAGCGUCCGGGCUUGUGCCCCUCCAGAGCUGCAGCAGCACAAAAGCCACAGUGCUGCUUCGCAGCUGCAGCAGCUGCAGGAGCAGCAGCUGCUGCUUCAGCAGCAGCAGGAGGAGCACGAGCAACGCCGUCGCCAGCUUGAGCUGUUGGAGCAGCAGCAGCAGCAGCAACACCAACAGCAGCAACAACAGCAGCAGCAGCAGCAGCAGUGGCAAGAAGCCUUGCUGCAAAGGCUGCUGCGCGCUAUUGGCCCAGCAGCAGCAGAUAGAGAGACAGUGCUGCAGCAGCUGCAGGAGCUGAUGAGCCUUGUGCAGCCGCAGGCGCCAGCAGCAGAAGGAACAGCACCAGCAGCAGCAGCAGCACCAGUAGCAGCAACUUAUCCGGCUCAAAGAGGGGCUUCGCAACUCGCUGCGCCGCUGCAUGCAGCAGCAGAAUACGCGGAGACUUUCGUGCAGCAGCAGAAUCUGGUUGCUGCAGCAGCCAGCAGCGAGCCACUGAAUCCGCAGCAGCUGCAGCAACAGCAGCUUCUUCAGCAGCAGCAGCAACUGCUUGAGCAGCGACUGCUGCUGCAGCAACAGCAGGGAAGCCAUCCCGCGGCCGCUGAAGGCGUGAUAACUUUGGAGCAGCAGCAGCAGCAGCAGCAGCAGCAGCAGCAGCAGCUGCAGCGGCAGCAGCAGCACCUACGACCUUUUGGCAGUUAG